AAUAACACUAUACAUGACUCCUUCACAUUCAUACAAGAGAAACAAAUUAAACCAGAUUAUUAUAAGUCUCCAUCACAAUUUCUUUCUUUCUUUCUCAAUUCUCAAUUCUCAAUUCUCCCCGCCAAACCAUUUCAUAUGUCUCAAAAUCUUCAUUAAAAAUGUCAAGCUCCGAACACAACAGUAGUGAAUCGGGCUGGACAAUGUACUUAAACCAAUCCUCAAUUUCUUCUUAUCAAUACCCGCAAAGAAGUAGAACAACCCGCCAAGAAGAAGAAGAAGAAGAAGAAGAAGAAAAUGUUGAUUUGUCGAUGAUUUCCGACGCUUCUUCAGGCCCUCCACAUCUCAAUGAAGAUGAACAAGAUCAUGAAUACCGCACAAAACCUGAGAAAGAGUCCAAGAAAGGGAAGAAGAUGAAGAUGAAGAAGAAACAAAAUCAAUCUAUUGAUGACACAGCUAGCUCCCCUCCAAGCCACGAUCUUUCUCAGAAACAGAAAUUUAGUAAAGGUUCAGAUGAACAUGGGAUGGGAUCAAAUGCAAGGAAGUCUAAGGGAAAAUCAACAUCUGUGGGACAAAGUUACUCUAGGUCCUCUGUGAAAUGACCCUUAAAAUAUAUAUAUAGCUGGUGGUGGGUCAAUUUUAUGGUUUGGUUUGCAGUUUCAGGUCUUGAUUCACUUUUAUUAUAAUGUGGGUAUGUCAGAGUUAUAGAGAAAGAUCAAUGUUAUCCAUUUUUGUGAUUUUUUUUUUAAGAUUGUUUUGAUUGGUAAUUGGAAUAGUUUGCCUGCUCAGUUAGUUGUUGAUGAUAUGUCAGUAUUGUGGGAAGCAAAUAAUAGGAGUGAGAAGAUGGAAGUUAAAAAAAAAAAUGAGCAAAGGGUAUUUAUUAUUAUGUAUAAAAUAUAUAUAUAUAUAUAUAUAUAUAUAUGAAUUGUAGUUGAGAAAUAGAUGCAAUUAUAUAUAUUCUGUGCAGCUAUUUAAAUGACACGACAAAUGCUGCCUUUGAUGCUC